GUCAUUACCUUAUUCCUCUACCGCCACCAUAAGUUACUAACUACUCAAUUCGAUCUGUUAUCCGUGCUUCUUGCGCACUCUCACUGUCUGAAACCCCUUGGAGCACUUGAAAUUUUAGGGAACCUUGACGUUUCUCAGCCUACAUAGCAGGAGAUUCCACUAUGGCUGACCAAGAGGAAUCUCUCGUUAUGCGUCGGUCGAAGCGAAGCACGGCAGGAAACAGGAUGGAGGCUGCACUUGCCGAAUUCAAAGCAGAAGAUAUAGGCGUGGAUUUGGAGGAGGAUAUUGACUUCAUUGUCGAGAAAGACGAGGAAGACGUAUUCGAAAUUGACUUUGAAAGCACGGACGAAGAGGGUGCUCAGGAGGAGAUAGACGCUAUUGCAGAGAAGAUUGUGCUUGAAGAGGAGAAACAUACCAAGAAGGCAGGUAAAUCGCAACUAGAGCGCAUAACGGCGGCAGCACACAAACGGCAAGCGGCCACCUUCCAUCCACAACUUCACGUCGAAGAAGCUCCCAAGAAACCCUCGAAAGUAAAGCGACGCGUGUCUAUGGGCAUGGUUGUCGAUGCUGCUACUGGCGAGGUCCUAGAAGGUAGCUCACAGGAUAUGGCAGCGAAGAGGAUGAGCAGACGAACGUCCACUAUUCUGAAUAGGACAGCUACGGAACAUCGGAUGAGGGAUGCGGAGAAGAAGUCAGCAGUAUAUAAGAAGCCAAAAGUCAAGGUCAAAGCUCCGACUCAAGCUGAAUUGAUCGCACGCGCGCUGGAUAUGGAAGAAGGCAACAUCAUUGAGCACCGUGACUAUCUAUCCAUCGAGGAAGAGAAACGCAAGAAAGCUCAGGUUGUCAAGAAGAAAGUUGAAGGUCCUCUCCUGAGAUGGGUUUCCCGAGUGGAAGAGAUAAAGGUGGAGAUCCCGCGGCCUCCGCAACCACCUCCCGUUCCACAACCACCACCAACGAUGCAAUAUGGAUACUCAUACCCUGGUGCGCCUCGACCGAACGUGCCCUCUGCAUCGACUUCUCAGAACUCCGGCCUCUCGAGUACACCCACGUAUUUCCAUCCUUCGGCAUCAAGUUCUUCACAUCAACCAUAUCCUCCUACACAAGUUACGUCUUACCCUGCGUCUUCAAGUUCAUCACAAACAUCAUCACAGCCCAAAACUACCUUUGUGAUCCAACAAUACCAGGGUGCCUCGGUCGCUGUGCCUGCUAGCUAUUCAUACCCUCCACCAGCAUCGACCCCAGCUCAUGUCCCUCCGCCGCCUCCUCCAAAACCAGAAUAUCGGACAGAGAAAAUCUCGAAGAACUACCUCAUUCACGAACUUGCUCAGUCAGAAAAUGCACCCAGACCUCCCUGGUCAUCGACUAUGCGUGCAGUCUUUGGAGAUCACGUCAAUUGGGAAGACGUUCGUGUGUAUGUCGCCAAAGGCAGACCUCUCACUCGACCAAUUCCAACAUGUCCAAUCACAGGCCGUCCAGCUCGUUACCUCGACCCACGUACUGGUGUUCCUUACGCAGAUAAAUACGCAUAUGACACCCUCACCAAUAUCCUCGCACAUCAUUAUGUGUGGAGUGAAAACUUGGAGUGUUAUGUUGCGUAUAUGCCUUUGCCGGCUACACCAGCUCAGUCGGAGGAAAAGGAGUCUGCUGCUGCCGAAACGCCUCCCGAGAGUGCGAGUACGAAGACAGCUGCUGUUGGGAGGAAGAGGUCGAGAGCUAGUGUUGCGUAGUGUAGUACUUUGCUUGCUCUGCUUCGGGUUUUCGUUAUUGUCCCGGUGUUUUUGUCGCUUUGCUUUGUCCUGCUACUAGUUAUUUGUCUAUCACGUCCGCAUUAUGCGUAGGGUAUACCAGUAUAAUACAUGAUUUAGAUACCUCAAGAGCCAAAAGAGAAUAAAGAUAAUGUGCGUUUAU